AAUAAUUGGUGGUAUAAUAAAGUAUAACUAAAAUGUUCACCAAAGAAGAGAAGGAAGAACCGAAGAAGAGUAGUGCACAUUAAUGACUUGUGUCCGAAGUUAGGCACCUUCCCGUAAAUAAUACUCAGUCUCUCCCUGUCCUCAACUGUACCCAUCAAUGCAUAUGUUCAUUCUUCUCCCUUUGACAAAACCUUGCUUUGCUGUAUUAAUUUUACUAAACUUAUUUUCAUGCAAGUUUUAUGAUUUUUGUGAGUAGAUAAAUAUAAAUACCAAAAAGAACUUCUCAUGCGUUUUCUAUUUCUUGAAUUGGCAAUUCUCACAUGACAUGAGUUGAUUUGGAUUUGUUUAUGGUUGCCUACACGAGACUACGAGAGUUUCUUGCUGUGGAAAUAAAGAAAAUGGUUGGAAGCAUCGAAGCCAAGGCCUUGCUAUCAAACGGGUCUGUUCAGCUUCAACAUAAUGGUCUUAACUUGGAGGAGAAACUUGAUGAGUUCCGUCGUCUUCUUGGAAAAUCAGACAAAGAUCCGUUAAAGAUUGUGAGCAUCGGAGCUGGUGCUUGGGGAAGUGUCUUUGCAGCGCUUCUCCAAGAAAGCUACGGAGGAUUCAGAGACAAGUUCCAGAUCAGGAUAUGGAGACGACCUGGUAAAGCUGUUAGUAGAGCAACAGCUGAACAUCUCUUCGAAGUGAUCAACUCUCGUGAAGAUAUCUUGAGAAGACUGAUAAGACGCUGCGCUUAUCUCAAAUACGUAGAGGCAAGGCUUGGUGACAGGACGCUCUACGCGGAUGAGAUAUUGAAAGACGGGUUUUGUCUUAACAUGGUCGACACGCCUCUUUGUCCCCUCAAGGUUGUGACUAAUCUUCAAGAAGCUGUGUGGGAUGCUGAUAUCGUUGUUAAUGGAUUGCCUUCAACGGAGACACGACAAGUGUUUGAAGAGAUUAGUAUGUAUUGGAAAGAGAGAAUCACUGUUCCUGUUAUUAUCUCUCUGUCAAAAGGUAUUGAAACUGCUCUUGAACCAGUUCCACAUAUCAUUACUCCAACAAAGAUGAUCCAUCAAGCAACUGGUGUGCCAAUUGAAAAUGUACUGUAUCUUGGUGGACCAAACAUUGCUGCUGAGAUAUACAACAAGGAAUAUGCUAAUGCAAGAAUCUGUGGAGCUGAGAAAUGGAGGAAACCACUAGCAAAGUUCUUAAGACAACCUCAUUUCAUUGUUUGGGACAAUAGUGAUCUUGUUACACAUGAAGUAAUGGGAGGUCUCAAGAACGUGUACGCCAUUGGAGCUGGAAUGGUGGCAGCGCUUACUAACGAGAGUGCUACAAGCAAAUCGGUGUACUUUGCUCACUGUACAUCUGAGAUGAUAUUCAUAACUCAUUUACUAGCAGAAGAGCCUGAGAAACUUGCAGGGCCUUUGCUAGCUGAUACUUAUGUGACCUUGUUGAAAGGGCGUAACGCUUGGUACGGUCAGAUGCUGGCUAAAGGGGAAAUAAAUAGAGAUAUGGGUGAUAGUAUAAGCGGCAAGGGAAUGAUUCAGGGUGUUUCUGCAGUGGGAGCGUUUUAUCAAUUGCUUAGUCAGUCAAGCCUGAGCAUAAUGCAUCCUGAGGAGAAGAAACCUGUGGCUCCGGUUGAGUCAUGUCCUAUUUUGAAGACACUCUACAAGAUACUCAUCACAAGAGAACAAUCAACACAAGCGAUUCUGCAAGCGUUAAGGGAUGAAACACUGAAUGAUCCUAGAGACCGGAUUGAGAUUGCACAGAGUCAUGCAUUCUACAGGCCUUCCCUUCUAGACCAGCCUUGAUUCGUCAGCUAUUACUCAACUCAUAUAAUCCAAACUGCAGAUUCUGCUGCGUGAAAACAUCAUGUCUUAAAAUGGAUAGUUAUUCAUUGUAUAAUGCUUGUACUGUAUCCUUCUCUUUAUGAUCAAUGAGGCUUUUCAUUUGCUCAAAUAAUUGACUACAACAUUCUACUGACUUUUCUGAAAUUAACUCCGUGUGAUUAAUACAAGCUAAUGGUUGUACCACUGAAUCCAAGAAACAAAGAGAAGGCAUGUUCUGUAAGGUCUAAUGUUAACUAUACCAGUUACAUUGGUUAUGACUCCACUCUAUGCUUUAUACAGUCAGUUAGCUGAAAUUUUAGCUGCAUGAAACAGUGUUGAAGCAGAUCUUCUUUCUUGAACUUAUAGUAAUGUGUUAUUUUCAGCUCCUUUGCUAUGCUUCUUAGUUCCUUGCCUGUCUUGUUGUUCAACUGGCUGAUUAAGAUCACAGGCCUAUCCAUGGUCUUCCCACCUCUUUGUCUAAUUCGGCCUAUCAAAUCCAUUUUUGAAUAUGAAAGCUGUACAGGAACACUUGAACCCUCGUUGAAGCUUGUGUUCAUGCCUUUUUUAAUCGCUGCUGUUAGAACUUCUCUCUCUUCUUGAUUAAGACUCAGACAGGAUCUAACAAUGCGUUACUCUCUGCAUUUAUCCUUGCUUCAGUAAGCAUGUUUAUGAUCAUUUCGUCCUUAACAACAGUCUUCACAGCUUCAUGCUUUGAUCUUUUGCUUUUCUCAUCAUAUGGACAACCAAAGCUGACCAUAUUCACCAGAACCUCUUCCCCCAAGCAAAAAGUACAUACCACCCACUCAAGUUUCUCUGCCUCUGUUGAUCCAUGUUACUUCUUCAAGACCAAGCUAAUAGUCCUCCACCUACAGUAACAGCAGCUUGUGCAUAGAUAAUCUACUGUCACCUGGAGAUCUCCAUGAUGCAGAAACAUAGACCCAUAUUGCCUAAUCAUACUAAGUGCCUCAGCAUUAGCAUCCAUCAUUCCCAAACCCUUCAGACAAAACAGAAUGAUCCACUAGAGAACGAGCUAUACGAACAGCAUCAAUCUCAAACCCUCUGUCUCCUGCUUCUUGAUAAGUGCAUUAUAGCAGGAAGUCAUUUAACGCUGAGAAGCAAAACAUAUGGAUACACCAAGGGCUCUUUUCCAUUUUUUGAAGUAUGAAGGCUCAAAUUUAUUGUGAAGCGUGAGGAAUAAGAGAGAAGAAUAGAAAGACCUCUUUUCUUACUAUGAAAUUUUAAUAUUUCUUUAACAAAAGGACUUCAAAAAAAAAAGAAUUGUAAAAAAAAAAAACCAAAAGCCUCUCUACUCGAGAGAACAACUGCUUUGUAUCCUCGUCGGUAGA